AUGUCGCGGCGCUACCCCACAGCCGAGCUCUACGAGGAGCGCCAGCGCGACUUCUAUCGCAACGGCGGCCGCAGUGACCGCAGCUACGAUGAACUCGAUAUAGAGCUCCGCCGCGGUGGAGACCCUCGUCGUAGCGUUCCCGACUUCCUCCACCAGGACUACGACCGACGCUCCAAUGCCGGCCAGAUGGUAGUGCGGGAGCGCCGAGAGGAGGACUUCGAUACGCGCUCGCGUAGAGGUCGUGAGGUCGAAGAAGACACCGUCAUGGUCCGUAGCGGCCGUCCUGGGCCACCUUCUAGUGUGAGGGGGACCGAACGAGACGAUAUCAGCAUCCGACACAGCGAGGCUCCUUCUCGCCGUCCACGCGAGGUCGAGCGCGAAGAGACCGACAUCACUAUCCGCCAUCGGGAUCAGUCAAGGCCGAGAGCGCCUCCUCCACCUCCUCCGCCUCCGCCUCGCGAGGUCGAGCGCGAGGAUAUUGUCUUCCGCCGCGGUGGUGGUGACCGCCCAAGGCCCCGUGAAGUCGAUAUCGAGCGCGAGGAAGUGAGGUUUCGAGAACGAUCUCCAGUACGGCGCCGCGAUGUCGAGAGGGAAGAUUUCGUUUUCAAGCACGAGCACCGCGAGGACAGCCGCACUGGCCGUGACGAGCAUAAAGACACUCUGGUCAUUAGGAAUCGCGAGAGGAGUCUGCCACCCCCUCGCGUGCGUGGGGAGAUGGUCGCAAGAGAACGCGAGGAGUUUGUUGUCCGUCGCCGAGAGCCCUCUCCACCACCUCGCGAACGCGAAGUGAUCAAAGACGAGAUCAUCAUUCGACGCAGGGAAGAGCGUUCACCUACCCCGCCUCCUCCACCUCCACCACCGCAGCCAGAGCCGGAGAUUCGUCCGCCCAUCAUCCAGGAGAUCAUCACACACCACAGGCACAUCGACCAUGGAGUUGAGCGUGCUCGUUCACCUACCCCGCCACCGCCUCCUCCGUCCCCCCCUCGAGACGAAAGUCUGGAGAUAUCGAUAAAACGGAACCAUCGCGGCCGCGGUCGGGAUUUUGAAGAAGAUAUCAUUUACGAGCGUGAGACCAUCGAGCGACCAGGGCGUGAGACAGAUAUCUCUCUGAGAGAAACGCGAUCUCUUAGCCGACCAAGGCGCGCCCGCACCGCGCCGAUCGACUCAGACUUCGACCAAGAGGCUGAAUACUACAACCGAAAGGCCUUGGAGCGGACAUACCCAGGGGAAGCGUACAAUGGGGCUACCAAAGACUGGGCCAUUGUAGAUGUGCCACCUGGCACUAACCGCGUCCGCAUGGAUGGUAUCGGUGGUGGAGCGCAAGAGAUCACCUGGCAACGCUACAAUGGCGUACGCCGCUCCAAGUUCAUCAGUGGAGAUGAAGAGAUUGGGACGGACUUUGGUGCCCCUGCUCCUGCAAAAGGAAAGCCCAAGGACAUGUGGACCGAGAUUACCAAAGAUCUCGUGCUCAAGGAAGCUAUUGAUUCUAUGGGCUACAGUUAUGACGAGACGGAUGACUUCUUUUAUGUCAUGGAAUAUCUGCGCUACGAGGACGUUCUCCAGCUCGUUGAGAUUUCCGACGACAUUCGCCGUCGACGCAAAUCUCGCAUACGCCAGAUUGAGUAUGAGCGUGAAGAGAUCCGUGGAGGUAGACCUCGCGAUUGGGACGACAACUACUCGGAGCACGAAUUUGUUCUCGAUCGCCAUCGAACCAGAUACCGCUAG